GUAGCGCCGCCGUCUCUCCACUGCCCUUUAUUAGUCACAGUCAUUCCCCGCCCCCGCCCGUCACUCACAGACGGUCCCGCCCCAGGCCCCUCCCCCCGGUCAGAUUAGCUGCCCCGGCUGUGCCUGGCUGGGUAUCUCCGUGAUCUGCCCCCAUGGAGCUGCCCGGGAGCCCCGAGUGCCGGGUCUUUUCCAUCCAGAGUCACGUGGUGCGGGGGUAUGUGGGCAACAAGGCCGCCUCCUUCCCCCUGCAGGUUCUGGGGUUUGAAGUUGAUACAGUAAACUCUGUGCAGUUCUCUAAUCAUACAGGUUACAACCACUGGAAGGGGCAGGUGCUGAAUGCCGAGGAGCUGCAGGAACUCUAUGAGGGCCUGAAACUGAAUGGAGUCACUCGCUACGACUAUGUGCUGACUGGGUACAACAGAGACGCCUCCUUCCUGGCUCGGGUUGUGGAUAUCAUCCAGGAACUCAAACGGCAAAACCCUCAUCUUGUGUAUGUUUGUGAUCCAGUUCUGGGAGACAAAUGGAACGGAGAGGGAUCCAUGUACGUUCCGGAGGAACUGCUCCCGGUAUAUAGAGAUCUGGUGGUCCCGGUCGCCAACAUCAUCACCCCCAAUCAGUUUGAGGCUGAGCUGCUGACCGGCCUGAAGAUUCGCACAAAGAUGGAGGCAGUGCAGGUGAUGGAUAAGUUGCACUCGCUUGGGCCUGACACUGUGGUUAUCACCAGCUCGGAACUCCCAGCAUCCCGUGGGGCAGACUAUCUUGUGACGCUGGGGAGCCAGAGGAAGGUGGACGCACAGGGGCGAAUCCACACGCAGAGAAUCAGCCUGGAGUUGCCCCGCGUGGAGGCCGUGUUCGUGGGCACCGGGGACCUCUUUGCUGCCAUGCUCCUGGCCUGGACCCAUCACCACCCCAAUGACUUCAAACUCGCCUGUGAGAAGACGGUCUCUGCCAUGCACCACAUCCUGCAGAGAACUAUCCGCAGCGCCAAGGCCCUGGCCGGUCCCGGCGUGAAGCCGACAUACGCGCAGCUGGAGAUCCGGAUGGUUCAGAGCCGGAAGGACAUUGAGUCUCCGGAACUGGUUGUGACCGGCGCAGAUUUAUAGGGAGACCCCCGGGACCAACGUAGAGACCCCCCUUCCGCACAACUAACGCACAAACAGGGCAACAUGGAGACCGGAACGGCCCGGGGGGCAAUGAGGGGUAGAUGCCGCCAGUGUUUGUGCCAAAUACCCCCCUUCUCUCUCUACCAGCGACGGGCAUGGAGCCCCCCCAACUGUGAGCACUGUGCCCCCCAAUGACAAGUCACAAACCAAUCAUCGCUGAGACCUGGGACAUGUACCCCCCCACCAGGGUUUGCCCCUCGCUGCCAUUUGCAGGAAGACGGUUAAUAUACACCCCGUGCCACUUCUGCCCUGUCUGGGGGCAAGUACAGGCCUGGGGGCUUGGGGUUCCAAUUGCCCCCCCGUCUGAGUAACACGCACCAUGGAGCUGCAUUAAUGACACUCGCUAUCCCAGAGUUCUUUUCUGCUCUCCUUAUUCUUGGUGAGGUACUUCCUGUGAUGCACUUCCUGUGAGUGUGAGCUUUGUGCAACAGGAAGGAUCUGUCUCCUGGGGCUGUUGGAGGGCAGACCCCUUGCCCAUAGCUGCUAUGUCGCCCCUUUGUGGGAGAACCCCGCUUUUGUCUCUAUUGCUUCCAUGUGUUUGUCACCCUGCAGUGGGAGGGGCAAACUUACUAUCCAAUAGCUUUCUGCUGUAUGUCACCCUGCAGUGGGAGGGGCAGACUUAUUAGCCAAUAGCUUUCUGCUGUAUGUCACCCUGCAGUGGGAGGGGCCAUAUUCCUUCUCUAUGUGACCCUGCAGUGGGAGGGACAGACUCCAUGUCUCAUGGUGCCUUUAAGUGUGUGAGUGUGAUUUAAUUGUGAGUUAAUUAGCCCAUGGUCUCUGUCCCAGACUCCCACGGGGUGAGGCCCAGGUCUCCCAGGGACCAACUGUAACGCCCCUCCCCCAAAGAUUAGAAUGAUGAGCACAAGGCAGGGGGGUAACUUCCCCUUGCCCCACCCCUUGCCCCACCCCUUGCCAGACCACGCACAGGCGUCUCCAGGUCCGAUCUUGUGUCCAAUGCUUGAUUAAUAUCGGCCUAUCCCGUCUGCGCUAAAGCUCAGGGGGCGGAGCUAAGGAGCCAACCCAUUGCCGGUACUUAACCAAUUGCCAACAACGUGUGUCGUCGAGUCCGUGUUCCUGGUGCCAAUGUCUUACGUCCCCCCCGUUAUUGGUAACUGUGAGACCCUCGUGUUUGUAUUGUCUACCUGGUUUGUGUCCCCCCACACCGAGCCCAAAGGGCCCCCGGGUAUCGCCCAGAGACAGUAAUGUAGGCCCUGGGCAAGGGGCAUGAAUAUUCCUACAGGAAGUGCUGUACCCCGGUACUGUGCUGCAACAGGAAGUGUGUAUGGCGCUGUGGGAGGAGCAAUCGGGGUCUGGGAUUGUGGGACCCAUUAACCAAAUAACUGGCCCUCAUACUAACAGCUAUAACUCCUCCCACUGCGACCUAUGCAAAAAUCUGAUUGGUUGCUGGGUACUGUAAGAAAAGCUCAUCUAGCAAGGUCCCAAGUGGGCCAAAUUGGUACGAUCCAGUCAUUUAGGCCAAUGAUCGAAUGAUAUUACUGGGCCUAGGGAGAUAGCGGCCCCCAUAUAUUGGCCAAUAAGCUGCUGCCUGAAGGUACAGAGUCGUCGACUUUUAUUGUCUCGUUAACGGCCGCCCCAACGCCGUAAAUGUUAUACCGAGGCUCAGCGGGUCGUUCCCAGUUUGAUUCCAACAUGGCGCCAUCUGCAAAGUGUCUGUAUGUCCCCCCCCAUGUGCCCGCGUGGGUUCCUCCUACCCCCCCCCUUACAUACAGAUGGGUCAGCUGAUACGUGGCACAAGGGUGUCACAUUAGAGUGUAAGCUCCCCUGGAGCAGAGAUUGAAUGUCUCAUGAAAGCGCUACAGAAUAUGUCGGCACUACAGGAAAGGGGAUGAUGGGAAUAAUAAGGAGCAGGAGUCCGUUGUGGUGUUUGCCCAAUGCCAGUAGGGGGGCCUGAACCCCCAAACAGGGGGACCCUCUGCUCCCCAAGAGCCAUGUACCCUCUGGUGCUGCCCAUGGAAGGAGCGCAGGAGAGAUGCGCAACCUCAUUGCUGCCAAGUGAGUAGGAAUGGGCACCCCGUGCCACCCUCCCGUGGGCAGCUGGAUAGGCUGCUUAUUCUUAUUGGCUCAGCUGGAUGCCACUACAUGCUCUCCAUUGGUUCUCGCUCAGUUGAUACAGCCCCACUCCAACUAAUAGCAGCACAACCACUUGAUGGUGAUCUACUGCUCCUCAUGGGAAGCAAGAACGGUGAUCUACUGCUCCUCAUGGGAAGCACUGACGGUGAUCUACUGCUCCUCAUGGGAAGCACUGACGGUGAUCUACUGCUCCUCAUGGGAAGCACUGACGGUGAUCUACUGCUCCUCAUGGGAAGCACCGACAGUGAUCUACUGCUCCUCACGGGAAGCAAGAACAGUGAUCUGCUCCUCAUGAGAAGCAAGAAUGGUGAUCUACUGCUCCUCAUGGGAAGUACCAACGGUGAUCUACUGCUCCUCAUGGGAAGCAAGAACAGUGAUCUACUGCUCCUCAUGGGAAGCAAGAACAGUGAUCUACUGCUCCUCAUGGGAAGCACCGACGGUGAUCUACUGCUCCUCAUGGGAAGCAAGAACGGUGAUCUACUGCUCCUCACGGGAAGCAAGAACGGUGAUCUACUGCUCCUCACGGGAAGCAAGAACGGUGAUCUACUGCUCCUCAUGGGAAGCAAGAACGGUGAUCUACUGCUCCUCAUGGGAAGAAAGAACGGUGAUCUACUGCUCCUCAUGGGAAGCACUGACAGUGAUCUACUGCUCCUCAUGGGAAGCACCGACAGUGAUCUACUGCUCCUCACGGGAAGCAAGAACAGUGAUCUACUGCUCCUCAUGGGAAGCAAGAACGGCGAUCUACUGCUCCUCAUGGGAAGCAAGAACGGUGAUCUACUGCUCCUCAUGGGAAGCAAGAACGGUGAUCUACUGCUCCUCAUGGGAAGCAAGAACAGUGAUCUACUGCUCCUCAUGGGAAGCAAGAACAGUGAUCUACUGCUCCUCACGGGAAGCACCAACGGUGAUCUACUGCUCCUCAUGGGAAGCAAGAACAGUGAUCUACUGCUCCUCACGGGAAGCAAGAACAGUGAUCUACUGCUCCUCAUGGGAAGCAAGAACAGUGAUCUACUGCUCCUCACGGGAAGCAAGAACGGUGAUCUGCUCCUCAUGAGAAGCAAGAACGGUGAUCUACUGCUCCUCAUGGGAAGCACCAACGGUGAUCUGCUCCUCAUGGGAAGCAAGAACGGUGAUCUACUGCUCCUCACGGGAAGCACCGACGGUGAUCUACUGCUCCUCACGGGAAGCACCGACGGUGAUCUACUGCUCCUCACUGUACUGGAGUACUAACUAAUAGCACUUCCCGCCUAGGCAAUAUGCUCCCAAUUCCAACAUGGCGGCACCUACAGUAGAAAGGGCCCAGAUCAUCUAGUAGUUUCCUUCAUCGUUCUACAAUGGAGUCCAGUAAGUUCUGGUUCUGCCAGUGAGAGUACUGACUGGUACCAUGUAGCCAUGCCAACCACAUGCAGAUGGGCACUGGUGUAAGUGAAAUACCUUGUGGCAGAGGUUUUGGGUCCGACCCACCCCGGUACCUCCAGCCUGGGGGCAGAUAUUGCUGUAUCAGCACGCAUUCUAACUCCCCCCCCAUUCACCCAAUCGUUAGGGCCCCCGAGACACAGUGGGGCAAGCACUGUUAGAGGGCUCGUUGCCACAGCUGCUUAUUGGGCCGGCCUGUUUCAGUUUGGUCACAAUGGGAACACUAAACCCAAUGAUAAUGUUCGAACCUUCAGCACUUUCUGGGGGGGCACUGGGCCCGAUGGCGGCCAUACUGGAUCCUGGCAUAGAACUGGUUGGGCUGCAUCACGGGUGGGUGGUGCCAAGGGAGAGUGAACACCCCACAUACCCCCCAGGAUUUAGGCUGAUGCCACACACAGCGGGGGAUCUGUAGCUGCUACGUGCAGGUUUUAUUGGUACUGGGGGGCAAUUGAGCUGCCCCUGGGGCACAUAUGGGACUGUACCUGGAGCCCAUUCCCCAUGUUACUGUAUAGAGCGGCCCGUACUGACACCCGCCUCCCAACCCUGUGGCUACUACUAGUCCAACGCUGCUAACGGGCCCUGUUUGUUCCAUGUGCUUCAACCCCACGGGGUAAAUUUUUAUUUUAUUCUACUAACUGUGAUCAGAUGGAAAUAAUUGGCUCUCAGAGCGUCUAAUAAAUUAUCUGUGAUCUGCU